CGGCGCAUGUGGCGAGGACAUCACGCGUCCGCCCGCACUCCGAAAAGUUAAACUUUGUUGCGAUCUCAUACAGACCUUUAUUUCUAUGCCCAGUUUGACCGUAACUGUGUCAUGAUUCGUGAAGUUAAACUUAAUUGUGAAUAAAUAUUUUCAAUUAUAAGUGUUUCGCGAAAUUCAUCCAGGAUAAGUAAAGAACGUUGAUCCCACUUAAAUAUAUGAUCGAUAGCGAAUCAAGUGCAUCGGCACGAGUGAGGCGUUUGUUUGUAAUUGAUAUUGUACGGCACCGAGAGCUUGCAGUUAACGAUUUUAUUUCUGUAAAUCCCUAAAAGGAGGAUGAUAUUAACUGGUCGGUGAAGUUAUUAUUAGUGUCUUCGCGCACAUGCCCUGGAAGGGGUUCAGAUUUCAGAUUUCCUGUAUAAGCCUUACGACAUUUUAGGAUGGGGUGCGUGGGUGUUUGGGCGCGGGCGUGCGUGGGCUUGGUGCUGGUGAUGUCCAUCAAUACUCACGGCCGCCGCGACUUCGAACGCCGCGACUCCGACAUCUCGCUGUGGAUCGACGAGCGACAAGUGCGCAUGUUCAGUGGUAUAUCGAUGCAAGUAUACGCCAUAAUGAACGGGAACAUAUCGCCGUACGUGCUAGACCCGCACGUGUCGCACAAGCUGCCCGUCAUCCCCUCUGAAGUGGGCUACGUGAACUUCACCUGGCGCUCCAGGAAGCGAUACUAUUACAACUUCGAUAUACUAACGUCAUCGGACCCUAAAGUGCUGAAGCCGCCUGUGCUCUCCAUCAAGACGCAGGGCAGGGUGCCUAAAACCCCCAAAGAGUUCAGCAUACUCUUGCCGUGCAUGGGCAACGUGAGCGGAGUGGCGACCUUCGAGAUAGGUCUAUCGCUCAAAAACGGUAGAGGCACCCCUCUAAAGGGCACUCCUUUAAGAUUGAAUCUAAAGAAGGAAUGCGCACAGAGAGGUGUGUAUAUAGAAAGGACAGGACCCGACCCGGAGUGUGACAAAAAAUGUGCCAACAACGGGUGGUGUAAUCACGAGAAGAUUUGCCAGUGCCCCGACGGUUACAUGGGGCAACACUGCCGCACCGCGCUGUGCUACCCGCAGUGCCUCAACGGAGGCAACUGUACCGCACCCGGAGUAUGCUCAUGUCCGCCGGGCUACCAGGGAAGACAUUGUGAAGGCGGAAUAUGUUCGGAGAAAUGCCAAAACGGUGGCAAAUGCAUACAGAAAGAUACGUGCGAGUGUCCCAAGGGAUAUUACGGACUACGGUGUGAAUUUUCAAAAUGCGUGAUCCCGUGCCUGAACGGCGGGCGGUGUAAGGGCGUGAACAAGUGCCGCUGCCCAGCGGGUCUCGGCGGGAACCACUGCGAAGUGGGGCGGCGCGGGGGCGAGUGCACGCGGGCCUGCCGCCACGGCGUUUGCCGCGCCGGCGUCUGCGUCUGCGAGCAGGGGUGGCGCGGACGCUUGUGUCAUCGCAGCGCCGGUUCUUCAGAAGAAUCCAGUGAAUUUAAAAGGCCUCGGUGAAAAUAGAAGUUAUAUUUAAACGGAUACUUAAUACAUGUGAUUUUAUUUUUGUUACUUAUAAUUAGAUAUGUUAUACAAUGUGGAAUGUGUAAUAACUAAUAGCUAGUUAAUAGGUUAUAAGAUCUAGAUGUGUAUAAUAUUAUAAAUAAAGUAUUAUUUUAAAAUUAAA